GCGUUUUAACCGUACCACUCUUUAAAUACUGUAUAUUACUUAGUGAAACCAGUGUGUUGAGUAAAUGUAAACAAGUACAUUUGCGCAAGUACAUUUGCUCAGUGCAAAUUUGAUUUGGUCACUGACCGUAAUUUAUACUUACCUACGGCGUCUUAGUAACUUGUGUAUGGGGAAGAGACAAUCCUUUAUUUACCGGAAGCAUUUUGCCAAAGUCCUGAACAGACAUGAUGAUGAUAACAAAAUGCAGGGCUGGUUCCAGAAACUCUUCAAAUCAAAAAUAUCUUCAUCAGGACAAUCUGGACAAGAGGCAAAAGUAACGAAAAGCUCGGUGUCUCCUGUCAACAGUGUAUCACCUUCAUCUGCAUUAUUCUGUUCCUCGUCAUCAUCGUCUCCAGGGACAACUCCAUCUAAACCGCUACAGUCACAAUCUGCUCUGAGCUCAGCGCUGCGAUGGAGCCGAAAGUAUGACGUGUUUGUGUGCCACAGCUCUGUGGACAGUGACAGUGAAGAGGCUGGACGACUGGUCUCUUUCCUGGAGGCGCCACCACGUAGCCUUAGGUGCUUUCUACGACAGAGGGAUGACUGUCCAGGAAGUGCAAUUUCCACAGAGCUAUGCCAGGCUGUGCAGAACAGCCACUUAUGGGCUCUGCUUAUCACUCCCAAUUUCCUGCAGGAUGAUUGGUGCAGUUAUAUGAUGCACCAGGUGCUGGCAGAGGGUCCUAUGUCCAAUCGCAUUAUUCCCCUAGUUCUGAACCUGUCCCGCUCUCAGUAUCCUCAGGAACUGAAGUUCUUCUUCUACAUAGACCUGACUAACCUGGACCGAGGUUAUACUGUCCUCAACAAGACUGUGCUCAAAUACCUGGAAGACCUAGUUAAAAAUGAGCAGACACUUGACUGCAACAUGGACAGCUCUAGCAACGUAUUAAGUGAACAGGAUGGCUCAAAAAAAGAUGAGCAACCCUGCUGAGAUGUCAAUUCCACUGGAAUUGAGCAAUUAAGAAGAGCGAUGGAAGUUUCCCUGACGAUUGCUUUGAUCAUCAUCCUGGGUAAUUAAAGAUUAUGUUAAAGGGCAAGAGACUCUGAAUGGAAAACACUACUGCUAUUUACCGAAGUCCACUUUGGUGAAUGUGGCUCACGAUGAAUGAUAAUAAUCUGGUCCCUGUCCAUCUUGGUCCCUGUCCAUCUUCUAACUAGUGUUUGUAGUGUUUGUUAUUGUUUUUCUGUCAUAAUUUCAUUUGGUUGAAUCAGUUAGACUGCUUUAUGCUUACUGAGACUUGGUUAAGUCCGGGUCACUGUGUUGCUUUAAGUAACACAUGUCCCCCUGGUUUUAAAUAUUUUCACCAGCCCAAGCUUUCAGGUCGUGGUGAUGUAUGAUUCAUUUCAAAUGUUCCUCAUACUCUCUCGGGAACUUCCCUUCAUUUGAAUUACUUGGUUUAUGAUAAAUGGCAUGACCUCUUUACUGUCUGUUUUAGACCCCCAGAAUCUGGGUCUGGCCUUACCUAGGAACCCUCUGAUCUUUUAGCUAUUACUUUGCUCUGAGUUUAGGUGAUUCCUCAACAUGUGUGCUGCUGCUCUGGUUCCUCUUUUACAAUGGAUUUUACGGACAUUGGGAAAUCUUUUAAUAUUACAUAGUCAGUUGAGGGUUCUGCUUACGACAUUGUUCUCUCCUCUGGAUCGACUCUUGAAACUGGCUAGCUUGUGUUUCUAAUCACAAAGCUAUUUUUCUUAAGGCCCUCCUUCCACCUUCCACACACACACACACACACACAUAUAUGUGUGUGUGUGUAGUGUAGUCUAGUGGUGUCAUAUGAAAUUCUGAAAGAACUACUGUCCACUUAUCAAAAAGCAGUAAAAGAAUCCAGGUUUUUAUCCUUGCCCUCCUCCUUCUUCACAAACAAAAUAAAUUCAGUCAAACUCCUAAUUGGUAAAGCCUUCGUCACAUUCUUUAGAUGUUAUGCCUGUCAGACUUCUGCAUGAGGCUUUUAGCAAUGCAGGUCCCACUAUCUUAUCGAUCAUAAAUAGUCCUCUGUCCACUCGCUAUGUUCCUUCCCCCUUAACUUCUGAAGAAGAAGGUUGUUUACUUAACGAUUAAUUUAUGUGUUCAUGAUAUGUUUACGUCGUAGCACUUAAACCAACCUGAUUAAAGUAACAAAUAAUCUUUUACUUGCGGCUGAUACUGGAGAUCGUUCGAUUUUAGUUCUUUUCAGUCUCAGCUGAGUAUUUGACACAGCUGAUAAGUCUAUUCUACUGGAGCACCCUGAAGAAUGGGUCUCCAUCAAGGAUACCGCUAUAGACUGGUUUCAAUCUCAUAUGUCAAACAGAACUUUUUUGGUUCUGGUUGUUGAUGCCUUCUCUUCUGGCCUGUCUGACCUGUGGUGCUCCCCAAGGCUCCAUCCUUGGUCCCCUGAUCUCUGUGUUUACAUGGUGCCUCAGGGAUAUAUCAUAAAUAAACAGAAUUCUGUACAAUUGUUUUGUGGAUGUGUAGUGUGUAAGCAGUGAAAGCAAUUUGCAUUAAAUGAAAACAAAUCUGAAAUCAUUCUUUUUGGACUUCCAAAGUCUAUCCCAACUUUGCAACAACAUCUUGGCUCCCUGUCUACAAAUGCUGAACCUGUACCCAGAAACCCAGGAGUAAUAUUUGACAGUGACCUUUCAUUUUAAAAACUAGUCACGAAAGUCCUUCAGUCAUGCAAAAAUCAGGUCUGACCUCUCUCAGAUCAAUCUCAAGAAGGUCAUACAUGCUUUUGUGUCAUCUCAGUUAGAUUAUUGUACUUCAGUGUACUCAAGAUUGAACCAAAACAACUAUCACAUGCAUUCAGCUGGUACAAUAUGCAGUAUUUAACAAAUACUGUAUCAGUCGUGUUUUAGCCUCUCUUCACUGGCUAAAGAGUAAAGUUUAGAACUGAUUUUAAGAUUUUGCGGACUGUUGACUAUUUUUUAAAUAAAAGUGUAUUAUUUUUUAUUAUUAUUCUUUUAUCAUAUCAUGUUUUGAAUUAAAGCAAAGUUAAGCUAUAGUGUUGUUGCUUGGACUUUUCCUCUUUUUUGUGCAGAACCAGCACUGGACACACGUUCAUACUGAAACAGCAGUUUGCACUAUCCGCCAUUAACGAGCAUAUAUUGAUGGACUUUGUGCUCACAGUCUUAUCUUGUCGCAUAUAAUUUAGUUGCACAGAAACUGCAGCCCAUAAGUUAAGUUUCUGACAAAAGCUACUAAAGCACCAUAAAAUAACUUGAUCCUCCUUUUAACUGAGUAGUAAAAUGAGACUGUACACUGCAGAAUGAAAAUAUUUGAUACAAAUUGUAUUUUGUUGUGUUGUUGUAUUGUAUAUAAUAGAGAGGAAGGAGAUUCCACUCAUGAAAGUGUGAUCUCAGCACUGUCUAUUUACGCUUACGGUUAAGCUUUU